AUGGCUGAAGAUCAUCAGGAUAUACCAGUGGCUUCUGUAGAACCAGGAGAUUCCCCAAGGAUUGUCUAUGUAAAGACCGUUAAAGACAGAAACAUACAGUUGGUUGUAUUCAGCUUUGGACUUCUCUGCUUUCUGCAAGUCGCUCUCAACAUUUCACUGCUUCAGACUUUCUGCUUCAACAGGACUGAUCAGAAAAUUCAGCUUGGAUUGAUUUUUUGCUUCUACGAUGCUGAGAGUGGACAUAAUGGUUUGAAUCUUACAGCGUUAACAGAUACAACUAAAGAACAGAUUGCAGAUGUUUGUCCAAGUGUGUAUUACAUCUCCACAAGCAGGAAAUCCUGGCAUGAAAGCAGAAAAGAUUGUCUGGAAAGAGGUGCAGACCUGCUGAUUAUCAACAGCCAAGAAGAGCAGAAAUUCAUGAUCCAGUUUAAAAGGCCAUUUUGGAUUGGUCUGAUCUAUGCUGCGAGAGAAAAGGAAUGGAAAUGGAUUGAUGGGACUCUGCUGAACACAAGCUUCUGGAACCCUGGUGAGCCUAACAAUUAUCGAAGCAAUGACGAAGACUGUGUAGAAACCCUGUUUUUUGAUUCAGUGAACGGCUGGAAUGAUAAAAACUGCGGACAUCAAAAUUUCUGGAUCUGUGAAUGGAAGCUACAGCUGUAGAUUUCUAUGGGUGUAAAUAAUCGUUUUGUAUCGAUGCAUCGACCCAACAGCCGACGAUCCGAUGCAUCGACACGUCCGCAAGAGUAGCGAUUGAUGUUUAUUUUUUUUUUUCCUCUGGUCCAUUUUUAUCCUUUUGCUCCUGGAUGUAAUUCUGACUCUCGUGCUGCAGUGGCGCUAAACCUAUU